AUGCUCCCGGUUCAUCAUCCAAUUCUCAGGAAACCAGGAGAUCUUGACUUCCUUCCUCAGUACCUCGACGCGCUAAAUGCGCGUAAUCCGCGAGCCGCCCUGCCCCAUGUGCAUAGGUUGGUAAAAUUGUACGCGUCCUACUCUCGUGAGCAGCUGCUACCUUUUCUGCGCUCCACCUACCACUAUCCUCUCAACGAGGCCCUGGCACUCUGCCAGUCCCUCAACUACGUACCGGAGACCGUCUACCUACUCACGCGGGUUGGACGUCGCAAGGAUGCACUGCGAUUACUCAUGGAAAAAGGUGCAGAGGAUGCAUUUUUGCUGGGGAGCAAGACUCUGACUGUGGAACAACGCCAGGCUGAGGUAGCUUCUCGAGCAAUUGCCUAUUGUUUGGAGGAGGACUACUCUCAGCGCAGAAUCUACCUUACUUCUUAUGACCCUCCUCACCGUCUACAAUCCAAGACCCAUCCAAAGCAAAGUCGGGUCAGCAGUGACGGUGACGACUUUGUUAGCGUUGGCGACAACAGCGAUGGCGGUAGCGCCGAUGAUGAUGACGACUACGGAGUGGAGGCAGGUGGGGGCGUGAGAAGAGGUUUCUCUCCUUCGCAUUCCACUUCUCGCGAGACUGGAGAGCUGUGGAAGCAGGUGGUCUUUUUUGCGGUGGACAAACCUGGCUUCAUUUGUGCUCUCUUAAAUCAAGCCAGCACAGAACGGAUUGACCCUACCUUGUUACUGAGGCGAAUCGAGCCAAAUACGGAAAUUCCUCAUCUAAAGGAGUCUUUGGUCAAUCUCCUUCACAAUACGCAGGUAAUGUUAGGUCUCCCGUACCAUUCAUUUCGAGGCAUUGCCAAUGGUAGAACUUGA